CAUCUACAGGUAUAAAUUGAACUUGAAUCAAAUAUUCGUUCUUCCCCUUGAUGGCGUAAGGAUCUUCUGAGUACCAAUGAAUAAGGUUUCCAUGAACUGGUUGAAAACCCAGUGUACUUCCAUCAUGAAAACGAAACAAGCCCAUGCUUAUCUCCUUCGAAAUCAAUUCUUUCAAGAAAACUUUGCUUCAAGCAAACUAAUUUCUUUCCUUGCUCUUUCUCAAUCUGGAAAUCUUAGUUAUGCUCAGAAAAUCUUCAAUCAAAUUGAAAACCCAGAUAUGUUUAUUUGGAAUACAAUGAUUAGAGGGUAUUCUAGAAGCCCUUACCCACUUGAAUCAAUUUCUCUCUACAGUUUGAUGAUUCAAUCUUGUGUCGUUCCUGAUAAUUUCACUUACACAUUUACAUUAACUGCUUGUGCUCAAUUAAAAGAAGCCAAAUUUGGUAAAAGAUUGCACUGCGAAAUAAUAAAGAAUGGGUUUCAGUUGGAUGUUUAUGUACUUAAUUCUUUGAUUCAAAUGUAUGCCAACUCUGGUUCUUUUGAAAGUGCUCGUAUGUUGUUUGAUGAAAAUUCUGCUAGAGAUGUUGUUACAUGGAAUGUUAUAAUUGGGGCUCAUGUUAGUGGUAGAUUUUAUGAAGAAGCUUUUGAUUUAUUCAAGAAAAUGAGAGAAACUAAAAGUAUAGAACCUGAUGAAGUUACGGUUCUUAAUAUGGUCUGCGCAUGUGCGCACACAGGUAAUUUAGAACAAGGCGGGAUUCUGCAUUCUUACUCACAAGAAAAGGGGUUUGAAAAGAAUAUUCAUCUGUGUAAUGCUAUUAUAGACAUGUACUAUAAAUGUGGAGAUUUGGGUUCUGCUCAGAUACUCUUCGGAAGCAUGAUUGAACGUGAUAUUCUCACAUGGACUUCGAUGAUUUCGGGUUUGGUUAGUGCAGGUUAUUAUAGAGAGUCUUUGGUUUUGUUUGGGCAAAUGCAGUUAGAGAAUAUUAAUCCUGAUGGAAUUAUACUUGUUAGUGUUCUUUCAGCUUGUGCUCACAUUGGUGCUUUAGAUCAAGGUAAAUAUAUACAUCUUUUAAUACUCAGACACAAAGUAAAACUAGAUAUUGUGUUGGAAACUGCUCUUGUUGAUAUGUAUUGUAAGUGUGGUAGCAUGGACUUAGCACUACAAGUUUUCCGUAAGAUCAAAACCAAGAAUGCAUUUACAUGGAACACAAUUAUUGGAGGGUUAGCCAUGAAUGGUCAUGGUCUAGAGGCAUUGACUUGUUUCGAGGAGAUGAAGAGAGAGGAAGUGAUUCCGGAUGACGUGACGUUCAUUGGAUUGUUAUCUGCUUGCGGGCACACAGGAUUGAUUGAUAAGGGUCUCGAAAUUUUUAGAUUAAUGAAAGAAGUUUAUGAUAUUCAGCCGAGGAUGGAACACUAUGGAUGUAUGGUUAAUUUGUUAUGCAGAGCUAAAUUGGUGGAAGAUGCGUUGGACUUUAUUAAGAAAAUGCCUAUAAAACCUAAUGAGGUUGUGUGGGCAACUCUUCUUCUUGGGGUGAACAGGGUUGGAACUGGAGGGCAUUUUGAGUUAGCGGAGAAGGUAGGAAAACGCGUAAUUGAUAUGGAACCUGAUUCUUGUGGGCGUUACGUUUCACUGUCUAAUGUUUAUGCAGGGGCUAAUCAAUGGGAUGUUGCUUUGAAGAUAAGAAAAGAUAUGAAAGCGAGAGGAAUCGAUAAAAUACCAGGUUACAGUUGGAUUGAAGUGAAUGGUUUGAUACAUCAAUUUGUUGCAGGUGAUAAAUCGCAUCUUCGAACAAAAGAAAUUUAUAUGAUGAUGGAAGAAAUGCGACGGAGAAUUAGGUUGGCGGGUGGAUAUCUAUCGGGAACAGGUGAUGUGUUGUUUGAUAUCGAGGAAGAAGAGAAAGAAAAUUCUUUAAAUUUUCAUAGUGAGAAGUUGGCUAUUGCUUUAGGUUUGAUUAGUACUUCCCCAGGUUCUCCAAUUCGUAUAGUGAAGAAUCUUCGUGUUUGCAACGAUUGUCAUUCUUUUAUUAAAAUUAUAUCCAAGGUUUUUGGUCGGCAGAUAAUUGCGAGGGAUCGAAGCCGGUUUCAUCAUUUUAAUCAAGGUUCUUGUUCGUGUAUGGACUUCUGGUGAAAUUCAUAAAAGUCAAACUAAGAGAGUUGUUUUGUCAACCUAUUACUUUGAAUGUGACAAAUAGUUUCUUGUUCACUUCUACUUUCCUUUCUGCGGUCUACUUUCUUGCAUAAACAGACUCAAGAAGCUUAGUAAUCAAGGUUAUGGGGAACUUAACAGCUUCUCCUCUGCCUAAAUUUCGUCUGUUCAACGGGUUCCUAGAGAUCUUAUACUUUAAACAAUAUUGGGUGUUGUUUCGUACAUCUGAUUCGACUUGUACGCGGUAGAGUGCAGCCCUCUCUUAUAAAGGGAAUACAAUCCCCCUGGAACUUCAGUCUGCUGUUGAGAUUUUGAGAACAGCUACGAAAAUGCGACCCAGUGACUAAAUACAGUCUUUAUCUCUCUUUCUUGAGUCUGUAAAUGCAGCUGACAGAAAAGGAAGGGGUUCAUAGAUUUAGAAGGCAAUGGUUUAUCAGGGACUGCCAUAAAAUCAGCGGUUUAUCACGAUCCUAGGUCUCCUUUCCUUGCCAACUGGUAUCCUUUAUUGGGGAUAAUACAAGACUUGAAAUGAUUUGGACAUCAUAUCUAUAAUGUAUUAUACCUGUGUG